AUGUGUACGCGACUGACACGUUUCUUCCCUCGGCCAAUGAUAAGGCCCGCGUUCGAGCCGUAUCUGUCGGGCGCCGCGAGCAGCGACGGAAGCGAGUGGGGCGCCGCCGCCGUCGCCGCCGCGAGCGGAGGAGGAGGAAGAGGAGGAGGAGGAGGAGACGCGCGCGCGCCGAGGGUGAGCGCGUCGAUCGCGGAGGGCGCGAAGCGCGUCGCGGAGGCGCGCGAGAGGACGAGGGCGUCGUUGGCGCGGCACUGA